AUGACAACAACUUCUUUAUCAGAAAGAUUAAUUAAUCUAAAUAAAGAAAAUAAUGACCUUAAAAAUAAAAAUAAUAACUUAUCACUUAUUAAUAUAAAACUACAAGAUGAAAUUGAAAAACUAAGAAAACAACUUUUAGGUUAUCAAAACUCUGAUUAUAUAUCAUUAGAAGUAGAAAAUAAAGAUUUAAAACUUGCAAAUAAACAACUUUUAAACAAAAUACAAAAACUAAAAAGAAAUAAUACAACAUCUAUUGUUAUUCUUAAAGAUGAUAAAAAGCUUUUAAUUGAAAUUAAAAAACUUUCUACAUUAAUUGAUUACUUUUCA